CGUACUUUGGCCUUUUCAAUUUCAACCCUUUCUCCAAAGUGCGCUUGUCAUCUCAAGAUCCAGCUCAGCAUCAUGCGUUUCAUCCAGCUCCUCCCUCUCCUCCCAGCGCUUGCUGCGGCGCAGGAGCAGGUUCCCCUCGGUGAUCGCGUCCAGGGAUGGUUCAACAAGGCCAAGUCGUACCUGCCGACCGCCACCCCGGUCAUUCCUGCCGUCGAGAAGCUGGUCGACCAGAAGAAGAUCCAGGAGAAGACCGUCACGCAGUUCAACCUGAGCAACUGGCAGUCUCUUCUCGAGCCGUCGUCCGAGCCUCAGGAUUGGAUGGUGUACAUCACGGGUGGAAACAAGACUUGCUUCGGUCGCUGUGGCGAGACGGACAAGUCGUUCAAUCAAUCCGUCCUUCUCCUGUCUGCUAACCCGACCUCGCCCAACCUGGGAUACCUGGACUGUGAAUCGAACAAGGUCCUGUGCUCCAUGUGGUCCGCUGGUUGCCCGUCCGUCUACUACUUCAAGAUCCCGGAGGCCCGCCUCGGAGAGGAUCAUCCCGUCGUCGAUCUUCACACCGUGUGGUUGAACACCACCGAUGUUACCCCCGAUACCAUCUACAAGAUCCACUCCGAGAAGAAGUACGAGGAGGUCCCCCCUUACAAUGGUCCCUUCCACCCGACCAACGGCUGGCUCGCCAAGAACGGACUCCUCGUCCCCGCGGGCUACGUCCUCUAUGCCGUCGGUGCCGUCCCUAGCUGGCUUGUCAUGGUCGGCAUCAGCUUCUUCAGCCGGACUGUUAUGAGCCGUCGUGUUGGGGGUGGCGCGCGUGCCUAAUUGAAUCUUGUGAGGGAGGUGGAGUGCUCGAAAAACAAUUUAUCAGGAUCAGAGAUGUAUAUAAUGAGGUAGUGACGAGUAUCUACGAUCAGAUAAAUUGGAUAUUGAG